AUUUACAAAUAAACACUUCACUGAUAGUCGCUGCAAUUCUCCCAUUUAAUACUACUACGAGGUGCUGGUGUUAUGUUACCUAUAACAAAUGCAUUGGAAUUCAGCAAUUUGUGGAACAUAUUGGAAGUUGGCGAUUGCCAGAGGAUCAAAUAAAAUCAGAGGAAUUACGUCUGUGUAGUUUGAUUUAAACCAAGCGUUCACGCACUAUUGACAAAGUGAAUACGGAUUAUUUUAUGUGGACAUUGGCCAUCUUUUCAGAAAGUGUCCAUCUACAAUUACAAUUUUAGGUUAACGUGAUUCUAAACGGCAGUACUAAGAACGACUUCAGGACUGAAAUACAGAAAUAUGGCAGUAAAGGGAACGGAAGUUGAUACGGUUCUCAAUACAUUGGGGGGAAAGGGAUUAUAUCAACAAGUUCAUCAUCUCCUUAUCGCUUUAACUGCAUUUUCUGCUGCUUUUCAACUACUGGAUAUGAUCUUCAUUGGACGGAUUAUUCCCCACGAGUGCUCUGCGCCACCUAAUGGUACUGGUAUAACAAUAGCUGGAGUAGAAUUAUCACCCAGUAAUUAUACAGUGGAAUACGGACAGUGUAAUAUAAAUAUUAAAUACAAUACCACUUCUUCCAUCAAUACAGAACACAAACUACCAUGUAUAUAUGGUAUGACCUACACAGAGAGAAAAGAUGCUUCGAUCGUUUCAGAGUUUGAUCUUGUUUGUGAACGUGGUGCGCUCGGUGAUUUACCACAGACGCUGUUGAUAUUAGGGCAGGCCAUGGGUGCGCUGGUUCUACCGUUUUUCUCUGAUCGUUAUGGACGAAAGCCGACCAAUAUUAUCAGCCAUUUUGGUAUGAUGGUGAUCGGCGUUGCCACAACAUUCUCUAACAGUUAUAUAACGUUUGCCAUACUUCGAUUGCUAAUGGGAAUAGUACAACAGGGUGUUGUAUUGACCUCUGCUACGUAUUGUAUAGAAGUGUAUCCGACGCCAUAUAGAAGAUAUGUUGGAGUAGUCGGUUCUGUCGUAUGGGGAAUCUGUGUUGUCGCCAUGACCCCAUUUGGAUAUUUUUUGCGGAUGGAAAGUUGGCGAACUCAGCAAUUGGCUUUUUGCUCCGUUUCGCUCUACGUUAUUAUUGAAGUCAUAUUCCUGGACGAGUCGUUCAGAUGGUUGAUAGCAAACGGAAAAUAUGACAUCGCUCUCAAGAAUGUAAAGAAGGCAGCUAAAUGGAAUAAGAUUGAUGUCAAUAUGGUUGUAGACAAAUUUAACGAGCUGAUAGGAAGGCAAACUUUAAUUAUUCCCGAGCCAGAGAAGGGCGACCAACUUCUUUUAAACGAGGAUGAAACGAAGCCAAUUGAAAAAAUCGAGAAAUAUAGUUUAUUAGAUAUUUUGAAGAGAAAGAAAUUGGCGCUAAAUACAUUUAUACUGUGGUAUCUAUGGUGCACGGCUGCUUUAUCAUAUUUUGGUUUGUUUUUUACGUCGUCGUCUCUAGUUGGCGAUAAAUAUCUCAACUUCUUCCUGUAUGCGUUAAUGGAAUUUCCUUCCGGUAUUAUAUUCUUUCUGAUUGUUGAUAGAUUUGGUAGAAAGAAAACACUAACAACAUAUUAUGCUUUAUGUGGGACUGGUAUGAUUCUUGCUACUAUUAUCAAAGUUACAUCCGAUAGUUAUGCAGCAUCAAUUUGUAUAACUGUUUUAUCAUUGGUUGGUAAACUUGGUGCCGGUGGUGCUUUUGGUGCAUGUUUUUUCUACACCCCAGAGAUAUUCCCUACCAAUUUAAGGAAUGUUGGACUGGGAUCAGCGUCCAUAGCUGCUCGAGUUGGUGGCAUGUUGGGGCCAUUCUCAAGAGUUUUGGCUCAACAUAUAUCAUGGGGUCCAGGGGCUAUAUUUGGUGGUUGCUGUUUGCUUGCCACCCUCUUGAUCACCAUUUUACCGGAAACUAAAGGGAAGGAACUCCCACAGACUAUGGCGGACGUGAAACUUCUGUACAAGAAGAUAUAGGUGGCUCGACAUUGAAACAGAAAGAUAGACAGACAAAGAUAUAUAAAUCGUAAUUAUAAAUACAUAAACAGCAAUAUCUCCUUUUUAGAUUUGUGUGUAAUGAAACUGCGCGAAAUUAUACAUUUGAAUGAAGUUAA